AUGGAGAGCCUGGGCGAACCGCGGGAGUUCUUCGCCGAGUUCUUCCGAUGUGUUGAGAGGCAGCACAACCCAGGCCCGGCGACAUCCGCCGACUUCCCGCCCGCCAACCACGGUAACCUGCUCGCCUCCUCAUCGCGCCACGGCUACCUCCUAGUCGCUUCCAACCGUGAGAUAUACAUCCAUCUGCUCCAAGGGCUCCGCAACAAGGCCCCCGGCGACUUCCCGGAGGGCCGCCUCGAUCUCGGAAAGCAUGGCGUAAAAACCAUUCUGGACAUCACUUUCGUGCUCAAUGACGCCGCCCUUGUAGUGCGCGCGGUCCCGGAAAGGGAGGAAGACGCAUGCGUCCUCGUCCUUAGCACUGAGAUGCUCGUAAAAGGAAGGGCCGCCCUGUUCAACGGGCCGCCGCUGCAAAGGGGGCUCAACGCCGUGGCCGUGUGUCCGCAGUCCUUCAAAACGGAGUCUCCGGGCGAGGAAUUGAACCAAUUUGUGGCCCUGUUGUAUGGCGAGACCAAGGUCGAGCUACAUGCUAUUGGCACGGGGAUGGCCGACGACGGCACGGCGACUAGUGCCCAGUGCUCGUUCGACGCGCCAGGGCCAGUCACCUCGCUAGCUUUGUCCCCGGAAGAUCGACUGCUCGCCGUAGGAGCAAUGCGCGGCUCGGUGGGCAUUCAUGAUCCGAAGAGCGGUGCACGGCUUCAUAAUAUCACGGAAAUUGAGUCGGGGUGGAGCCCGUUUUCGCUCCACUUUCUGGACGAUGAGGCUCUGAUGGUUUCGUAUGUGCGCGGUCAGGAUGUAAGUCAUGUGGUCUGGAACCUUGUCAAAAACGGAGAUUCGCUGACCGUGAAAGGACAUUCGGUCCUCGGCGAGUUAUGUUUGCCGCUUCUUGGCACGUUCCCUUCUUCUUCUGACGGAGAGGAUGGAGAUGAUGAGAAUGAGAGUAAACCGCCAGUGAUUUGGUGCCACCGCAUCCCCGGAUGGGAUAUUUGCAUCGUCGCGUCGUCAAAGUCCGAAAGCAUGGAGCUCAUCGCUUUGAAUGAGAAUGGUGUUUGGGUGAACUGGAAGCCAGACGAAGGUAAAAUGGCUACUUUGCCUACGGAUGAAAACGAUGACGAUACGUUUCCAAUCGGUAUCGCGCUUGAUCUCACAGAUACAGAUCCUGUCGACGCCAUAGAACCGGCACUUCCCCCGCUGAAACCUAUGCCACGCGUUAUUGCGUUCACGUCUGUCGUACUCCUGCUGCCCUUUUCCCUCGUUGACGAUCGAGCUGAUGCUGGCUGUAGAUUUAUUGCCGAGCGGCGACGCAUUCAGAAGACACCUGCAGAGCCCAAACCUAUGGAAAAGCUCGUCUUCCCGGAAGUACUUUCUGCUGCUGAAUCUUCAAGUCAAGAAGACGAUCAUGAAGUACCUUCUCUUCCGCUUCAAGAGCAAAUGGCUCAAAAGCCUUUGGUUGAACAGCCUUUCCUUCAUGGGCCUCCAGUCCAAAUGCCAGCACUCCCAACGCCUACAACGAAAACGACGUCCGAUUUUUCAGCUUCUUCACUUGAAAGCGAACACAUGCUGCUGUCUGGAGAGGUCACACCCAAGGAUGGCUUCCAUUCGACGCUGAGGCCUCCGUUUGGGGUUCCGGCAUCUAUUUCUGCACCGGAAACUUCGCAGGACGUCAGAGAUGGAAAGUCUGACUCAAGUGCAAGCUCGGUUUUAAAGAAUCUUGCUUUCCCCUCAUUUUCGGCGAGUGUUUUGAAAAGGGAUGUUCCGAUUGUUGUACCAGAACAGCUCAAGCCGACCCAUGUUGGCCAGAUAUCAUUUCCGGUAGGAGAACCUGGGGACUAUGCAUCCUCAAUCAGGAUGGUAUUGGACGAGAUGAGAACAGAACUAAACAUGAACCGAAUUAUGGAAGAGUCAACACAAAAGACGCUUUUCAAAACAAAUGAACAAAUGAUGCCGCACAUUGAAACUGUCAGAUCUGAACUGGCAGGACUGUUGGAUGUACUACGGAAACGAUUCCAUGAAGAAGCUUCACUCCGGCGGGAAGUGCUGACCUCGUUAAAAGGUAUGAAUGCCUUAUCUCGGGAAUAUGAGUCGGCAUAUCUUGAAUUCAGAGUUCGUGAAGAAGAAGGUUUUGUGUCUCAUUUGCAAGCCGAGGACAAGAUCAUGGAUGAUAGCAUUGUAAAGAAAGAGGCGGAUAUUCUUAAAUCCAUAUCUGCCAUUGAACGGAAAUUGAGCACUUCACAGAAUCGGAAACCCAGUCGACUGGGUCAUGCAGAGCAGGUCCAACAAAUUUAUUCCUCCCUAAGCCUACAGGGGAUCCGCGUCAAGAAGCUUCGUGGUCUCCUGGCCGCUCUUUCAGAUCGCAUAGAUGAAUUGGACAGAGGAGGGAGGCUCACAGAUCUGGGUCUGUCAAUGGCUCGCCUUGAGAAGUUAUCAAUUAACCGCAUCAAGUCACCAACUAUGAACCUUCGACAAGGUAGUCGUGGUCUCCGAAGUGCUGAACGAGGGCCCGGCGAAGAGUUUGUACCGAAAGUGUCUUCCAUGCUCCCAACACACCCGUACAACUCUGAGGAAUCACUACUUCCGGGAGAUGUACAAAAGGUAUUGCGGCGUUUGGCCAUGAGGGAUGGGCGCGCUGUCAUUGUUGUUCAAGGUCCACAAGGAGAGAGGCGCAGAGCUGAAGAGAUGUCCGAAGGUAAGAAUCGUUUUGCACCGGACCAAGCUGAACAGAGCCUUCGCCCUGGGGCUUUUUACGCCUCCAUCGCCAGCUCUAAUGGCCACGGGCAGCAGAACAUUGACAUGAUUCGCAACAGAAGGAGCGAAACUAUUCACAGUGUGAAGAACAACCAGACUCCAUCUUUCGCUCCACUGUCCUAUCAGCGAGGAGAAAGGAAAGAAUCGUCAAGUGCUGGCAAUCGCGUAGUACCUUCAGGAAAGCGGUCUGCGUCAGCGUCUAGAGAUCCAGCUGGGACUGUCAAGGAGGGAGUAGGACAUGAGCGGGGGGAAAUUCCCAGCCUUGCAUCAAGUGGAAACAUUUUAUCAAACCUACCGGAGGAUGGGCAAGCAGGAGCUGAAGAAGCGGGGAGCAAGCGGGCGUUCUACCCGCCAUCCACAUCAAAUCACUUCACGGCACGAGAGAUCACAUCAAAACCUAUGACCAAACCAAACGUUCCUUCUGCUGGGAUACCAAGAAUUAGAGUCCCUGCAGUUGCAGCAGAUCUGUUUGGAACCUCUGAUUCGGUUCCACCAGUCGUCGCGUCUUCUGGCCAGCCACUAAACGCGGGGGAGUCACCCCUCUCUUUCAAGCCGGUGACAUCUGGACGCCGACAGAGCACUAAAAAGCCUCCCAUCUUGCCACAUGAAACAGACACAUUUGCCUCUCUCCCGCCCGAGCCACAUGGAGUGCAACGUAAGAGGUCUUUGCAACAAGAAGAUUCUCAAAGUGCUGGAGCUCGAGCCGCAGGUACAAUUCCGGUGGCCUUUUUACCGCCGGAUCCAGACUCCCCUAUUACCAGCUCUGCAAACCCACUAUCAAACGGAACGAAGAAGGGUUCCGUAGCACAGGAGCAAUCACCAAAGGCUUCCGACUCUCCCUUUGCCACAUUGCCGCCGGAAGAUGACCGAAAAGAGGUUCCGUUCGCCUCUCUUCCACCAGAUGAUGAUUUGACAAUAGACUUUUCAGCUGUGGUGCCCGCCGGUUCUGUCCCGAAGCAAAAGCAACGAGAAAAUCCAAUUCCUCGAGAAGAGGUGACAAGUUCCACUUUUACGGCUCUACCGCCUGACGACGAUGUCAAGCCCAACCCUGUGACGUCGAAGAAUCUGUCCAUUGGACCUACUACGGGAACGAUAGGAACCCAGUUGGCCAUGACAGCUCAGAGCAGUCCUCCCAUCUUCGGAAUUGAUAGUGGCGAAUCAAACGCAUUCGGUGUCUUCGGGAACAAACUGGCUCCUGAGGGUAAACCAACCACUUCCUUAUUUGGUGCCGCUCAGGCUUCUGAAAGCAAGUCGAAGUCAAAAGAAGAGUCAGGAAGUGCGUCUCUGUUUGCCACAGCAACACAGAGCACGGCAUUGCAGUUCUCGAAUUCCUUUUCGGCAGCAUUUUCGACUCAACCGGCUGAACCUGCGACAUCUCAAGACGACGCGCCUGCUAACGAGUCUCUCCCGCCCAUUGAUGCAGAUAGCUCGGACUCGGAUGGGGAGGAAAAUUUCAGGCGUGAGGGCGGGUUUGGGGCAAUGUCGGCUUCGAAAUUCAACGCCCCUAGGGAGCAGACCUUCCAAGGAUUUGGUAAGCAGGCUGCAUUUGGGCAGGCCAGUGCAAGUCCUUUCGCAACGGCAGGGACACAAAGCGGACAGACUAGUGCUUUCUCAUCGCUCACUCAGCAACAUACGGGCCCUAGUACUUCGGCUUUCACGUCAGAUGCUUCUGGACAAACCUCCGGAUUUGGAGCUCCUUCUACGCUAGGCGGAGGGGCAUCUUUUGGAUUUGGGUCGCAGCUUGGAGCCUCGACGCAACCAGGGGCCGUACCACAAUUCGGGCAAAGUUCACAGCUUGGUGGUGCAGUGCAAUUUGGAGCGAAUUCGCAGCUUGGGGCUGGAUUUGGGGCACAGUCUUCGCUUGGUGGAGGUCAGUCUCCGUUUUCAGCGCAACCGACCCCGGCGCCCUCCGGAUUUGGAAGCGGAGGGCCCCCUUUUGGGAGUGAAAUGUCUAACGUAAGGUUUGGAGAAUCUACUUUUGGAGCGCCACAAUCUGGAUUUCCCGGUGGGGGUGCUUCUCCUUUUGCUGGUAGUGGUGCUGCUUUCGGGGGCCAGAGCGGUGGAAUUUCUGGUUUUGCAGCCUUGGCAGCCUCACAGCCCCCAGGUGGUGGAGGGUCGGGGUUUGGCAACGGCAUGACCCCAAUAUUUGGGAACAGCCAGGGCCCACCAUCCUUCACAUCGCCCGCUUUCUCACAGAGAAGAGCAUGACUACUGCAGCACCAACAUUCUAACCACAUGUAAAUAUCCCAAGAGUACUUCACA